AUGAAUCACAGCAUCAUCACAUCAACGACAUCAUCCACGACACCUUCAGCUGAGGAGGCAACGUCUUCAAUGCACUCCCAACGAACGGAGCGUAGGCACAUCACCCACCUGCCAUCGCCGCUGUCUCGCGACGAGCAACCGAUGCCAACGAAGCAGCUGGCUGCCCUGUAUCGAAGUAAGACAGUGGAAGCAGUGCAGAUAAGACAGUCUCACAUCAACACCGAACCGACCGACCGAUGCUUUCCAGCACUACAAUACCACACUACUGAGCGAUCCACACAAUUCCGCUUGAGAGAUUGGCCUCGAGCUCAAGGACGGAUGAAAGAAGAUGGAGCGACAUGCGGUUUUGGCUUUCACAUUCAGCUUGUCAUGAGAGCGCUUUCAGACGCCGUACUCACUCACGACGAUGCAAGCAUCCUUGCCGAAGCGCGGACCUCACGUGCUUGCUGUUCUUUUCAGCAUGGGUCCAAGUACCCUCUGACCGUGCCCCACACCCCGUCUCUAACCGACGCAGCACUUCGUGCCGUCGAGAUAGAGGCGACGAAGUCGAACAUCAUCCUGAAGAAAUGCGAAUUGCUCGUCCCGGGCAAGCACCACGACCUGCAAAUCGCAGCCAAGUGUUUCGAAGACACCUGGACGAAGCUUCAUCCGGGCAUGUACAUGAAGAAGGAGGAGUUGAUGAAGCGACUGGCAGACGGCGAGUUUGGCACGCCUCCUCGUUCCAGCACGAAUACCGACAGUGUUCCUCGAUCCAGUUAUAACGCAGCAAUCGCGAGCAGCAACAGCAGCAGCGUUCGCGCGUCCAACGACGUCGUCGAUGAGCAAGGCGGGAUGUGCGAUAGAUCAACCAGCAACACCAGCGCCAGGGGCCUCAAGCGGCUGUUCAAGAGAAAUGACAGCAUCACAGAGUAA